UGUUUUACCACUUGAUCAAUUUUCGAGUAGUCCAUUGAGAAAUUUUUUAGCCCGAAAUUUAAUGAUUCUUAUUAUACAUAAAAAAAUAACUGAUAUAGUGAGCUCUCAAGGUCUGUAUGUAGCUCCUUGAACGUAUUCAUGGAAUAACAGCCCGCUAAAAAAGACAUGAAAAUAAUCUGGGAAGUCUUACAUCUACAGAAGACCGCAAUUGAAGGAUAUUUGUUUUCUUGGGAUCCUGUUGUUAUACGCGUUCUUGAGGUUGCCCCAACAAGAAGAAUCCAGCGUCCUCUGAACCAAGAGUGUUCGUUUCUCAUUGUCUCUCCGAAAGAUCAAGUUACAAGAAAACAAACCGGUCUUUGUGUGCCAGUUAUGUUUUCGAAGAUGGCGUUGUCACGUACAGUCAUAUUUGCCCUGCUUUCUAUGCAGUUCCAUUUUGUCUUUACAGACGGGCAUGAGAAGCCAAUGGAAAGAAAUCGAUUGAAGAGAGCCCUCAGCGAUGAUGAUAUCAUACUUGGUCUUAAAAUGUACGAAACGAAAAUGGCCGGUUUGCAGAGAAAAAUCGCACACCAACUGGCAAGCAUGAAGAAACAAAAAAGUCGGAUCAACUUUAUCAAGUUUUAUAUGAAAAGAAAAGGGGACGACUACGAGAAGGAAGACCUGGAGGGAAAUAUUAUAGCUGAUACUGAAAAGGGCAAACAGAAUCUACAGCUCGCAUCACUUGACAACCUGGUGAAGGAAGCAGAUCAUCAGGAGGAGCGACAACGGGAACUCUUGGAAGAACUUAAGAAAGAAAACACCGUUAUGAGUGACAUUCACAAGCGCGUGCUGGAUAAUAACGCGAUCUGCCGUGACACAUACACUGAAUGGAAAGACGUGGGUAGUGGUACGAUCAGAGAACUCUCCAAGCAGUACGUGAAAUGCAAUGAAGACGAGCUUUUGCUCCGAUUUUAUUUGCAGAAGAAGUCCACAGCUGCUAAGAAAAUCAGAUAUAAAUAUCGAUGUUGUCGAUUUAGUUUGAAAGAUAAAUGGCAAAGGCCAGACGACAUGUGAAGUCACCUAGUUCUUGAAUGGAAGAACUUUGCAUUUAGCUCUGAUUAAUCAUAGCUUACUGACACUUUGUACCUCCUGAUUUUGCCAUAACUAUUUUGGACUAGCGUUGAGAGCAACGAACAACUUACCUUCAUUUGUUUAUUUUUCCUGGAAUCCUUAAAUCGGAGAUAAAAUUAAAUCGUAGAUGAAUUAGAUUUGGUUUUUUUUUUUUUUAUCAGACUAAUCACUUUUUCGUGAAAGUGACCCUGUCUUUUUUUCCCUAUGUUCAGUGGCCGAUUUGACUCUCAUAAAUCCUCGCAAAAAUAAUUUACCCCUGAAAUAUAAAUACUGAGUACUCCAAGAAACCUUGACGGAAGACUGCCCGACCUUGUUAGCAUAUAUCGAACGUGAAUAAAUUAGAGUCAGCAAGAGAAUGUUACAAUCGAAGACAUGCACAAAGAGCACAGUUAUCAACUGUAAAGAGCCCACAUCAGCUUUUAUGUGUUUUGUGGGCAUCACACAACUUUGUGUAAAGGAACUAGGGGGUUCU